GUGCUUUCACCUUGUUCCUUUUCCCUUCCGUUCGCGUCAUUGCUGUCCUCUUCAGUCUGUGCUUUUUUUCUUUUUGUGUGCCGAACGCGUAAUUUUCACAUUACCGUUCAAUGGCGCCAGCGUCUGGGACAGCGACCCCCAAUGGCUUUUCCACACGAGCCAGAGGGACAGUUCUCAUAUGGCGUCCUACCAAAAUCAUGAACAUGUAUGACCUUUCCAAGGAUGAUGACUUCCUCAGCCAUCUACUAGUCGAGAAACUUGGAACAGGCGCAGUCCCAUUGCUCGUUCAUAAGAUGGAUCCAUCUCGAAGACUCCCAAAGACCAAUGCCGAGGAUCUCAUGCAAAUCGUUAGACGCUUGGUUGCAAGCAAGCUUGGUGCUCAGAAUGCUGUCCGACAAGCCGUAGACGACCUCCUCGCUCUGCCUUCUGUUCGUUACUACCUCAAGCCCUACACGCAGAAGCAGAUUAAUGCUUUCGCCACACACGCCUCGCGAUACUUUGAGCUCUACAACCCUGCAGGGUGCAUAGAAAUUGCUCACACGUCUAGAUACUCUCACAGGACAGGAAAGUCAGAGUUGUGCAUCCUCGCUACGCGCCCCUUAGCCCCUGGAGUGGUAAUUAUUGAGUUGAAGGGAUCAAUGGCACAUCUUUCGAAGGAGGAAGACAAAGAACUCAAGCGCACCGACCUGAGAAAUAUCGACAUCAGGAGGGACUUUAGUGUCAUCCAUUCACGUCAAAUGAAGAAGAACCAUCUAUUUUUGGGGCCCGCUCGAUUUGUGAACCAUGAUUGUGACAACAAUUGCGAGCUUUUUCGCGAAGGCAAGUACAUCACAUUUCGCACUCUCCGUGCUAUCUCCAUGGGCGAAGAGAUUACUGCCCAUUACGGCGAUGGUUACUGUGCGUAUCUAUCAUCUAGUCUGUCUCCAUGGCUCACCUACGCCGCAGUUGGAGGCAAAAAUCGACACUGCCUCUGUGAAACUUGCGAGAAGAACGGCAGAGGAGGCUACGCUUCAGAUCAUUCCGAUGGCGAUGUAGAUUCGGGCGGUGAACAAGAUGCCGAAGCAUCGGAUGAUGAUGCUGAGGUGCAUGACGUGACAGUUGCUGAUGUCAAUGAGCGCAGGACGCGGCGUGGCGUUUACGCCAUCGUUCAAGAGGAAGAUUCUGACUCCGAGGAGAGCGACGAUGGAGAUAAGGAGGGUGAAAAACCACUUGCGAACGCGCCUGAUGCUCUUGGGGAAGAUGAAGUGGAUAUGGAGCUAGGUGGGGAAGUUUCUAACUUGUCGGUUAAUGAUGCAAUAGUUGCCACGCCUGAUCCGGACGUUCAGCCAUCACGUAUGACAUCGUUGAGCGCCGAAGGAUCAGCGUCUUCCAAGAAAGGGAAAGCACAGGAAAAGUCCGACAUCUCCACCCGACGUCAGAUACGAGAACCAUCCAGCAAACAUUCCACUCCCGCUCCCCAUGAUACUUUGCACAACCUCUCGUCCCGCCUUAGGAGUCAAAAACUUCGAGAUAGUGUGUCUGUCACGCCUAGUAGGAGCAAAGGAAAGGAGGCGGACAAGACUCAAGUUAAGGAAGAGUCUGAAGCAAGAGUUCUCCGAGCGCGCCCUUCCUUAGGUGGGGAAAAGUUAGAUCUGGUUAAGCCCCCGAAGCGCGAGGUUCCUCGUGGUUCAGAUGGACGUCCAUUGCCAACGUGCGUGACGUGCUCGAAUGUCUUGCCUGUGAUUUCUGUGGAUUCCAAAGUGGUGUGGGGUCUGAAUUUAGACUCCCCGCGGAAAGGCAAGAAGUCCAAACAAAAACAAGAAUGUCCAAGGUGUAUGCGUCACGUCGCCAUAUAUGGUCAGCCAUGGCCAGCUCGCCUUCCAAGCCAGGCUGUUGCUGCUUCAUCUCGCGAUGACAUCGAAGCUAACUCCUCGCGGCGCCCCCCUCAGAAGACUGCUCCUGCCAUAGAACGCAAACAUGUGCCCCAUGUCGAUGAGCGUCCUCUGAAGAAGCGCAAAGUUGACGACGGACCCAGCGUAGAGAUGUCAGCGAAAGCAAAGGAGCUUUUCGGGCCACUGAAGAGAAAAAGGGGGCGACCACGCAAGUACCCUCUUCCUGAAGAAGAGCUACCGAAACGGAAAAGAGGCCGACCCCGUAAAUAUCCUGUUCCUGAGGUGUCUCUCCGAUCUCAGCCUUCCUCACCUCCUAAGCGCCCAUUGACUCCGUCUGCACCCGUGAUCAAGCUCUCCGCUCCCCCAUCCUCAAGCGUCAAAACUAGCGAUCAUUCUCCCUCUUCAUCACGCAGUCACACCAGGCCAAAGGCUGUGGCGGUGCAAUCACAACCUCGAGACUCGAACGGCCGUUUUGGAAAGAAAGCCACGACAAACGGAAGAUUUGUCCGAAAGAAGUUUGGUCAUUUUCAGAAUCUGACACGUACAGAGAGGCUUUUCCGCAGAAAUAUUAAGGUCACCCAGUGGCUCGCUGGGAGGCAUGAAGAAGACGAGACGGAGGACGAAGAAGCAGACUCACAGGACUGGGAUCAAGUGAAUGAUAUAGAGACCCUUCCUACUGGCAAACGAGCGGCAUCAUUCCUACCUGAAGGCUCAGCACCGCUAACGAAGAAACCCCGACAAUUUCCUAGUCCAUUCGGAGGAAAUCAUGAAGCAUUGGAAUACAGCCCUUCUGUACCGUCUGGGCCCUCGGCUUAUAAAUUCAAAGGGGUGGGUAGUAGUCUUCUGUAUCAUCCCAAUCCGACAAAUUACGCUCGCCGCAAGUGGGCACCAUGCCCCGAUGAUAUGUCCCAGGAUGAAGAGGAUAGUGGUCCUUCUCUUCCAACGCUGGAAAGUGACAGUGUUGGCCCCGUCACGCCUGAUGAUCAGACGCCGUUACCCAUAGCUGGUCCGUCGCAGCUUGAGCAUACAGUCGCGGGAAAAUUAGGCCAGCGAGCUAGUUGGCGAGGGCCUAUACACAAUAGCGUUCUAACCUUCCGACCAUCUCCAGUCAAUUUUGCCAGACGUCGUUGGUCCUCAAUGUCGAAGUCCCUUCUUGACUCUGGUCCAGGAACUCGCCGCAGCGAGCGGCUGAACCCAAAGGCUUCAUUCUGUGGAGAAGACAGUUCUACGAAAGUUUCUAGCGUAGAUGGACUGCAUGCGACUCCCAAUGUUGGUUCGCGAUCAAGCGUUCGUGUUUCGUCCAUGUCGGAGAAUAUGUAUAUAGAAGGUGGUGCAAUCCCUCGUGCUGGGUCCUACGCAUCAUCAUUUGACGACUUUCCGAUCUCAGAUGUGCACCGCCGCACUUCUUUUCCGGAUGACGGUACACUUGACUCGGCCAAUUCUGACGACGAUCGAGUUGUUGAAGGGCUUCUUUCUGAAAGCAAGGAAGCUCAUGCCGGCGUUGUAAAUGAGGAGCAAUUCUCUCAUCUCCGUGUCACAUAUACGGCUAAACUUCCUGCCCCAGUACCCUGGAAGAACGCUCGUGGAACACCCAUGUCUCAUUAUUUGCGCAAAUCCGCUUCAUUUCAUGCCGACGACGAACCAUCCUCUCCCACUCGUUUUAUAGAUGCAGGUUGGGAGUCUGACUGCUCUCACUCAACGACUUCACUGAUUGCCAGGGCGGAGCCUGUGUUGUGUGGACACUUUUAAACUUAAUAUUAAACUAAAUUAUGUGGUCCCGUCUACCCCCGAAAUUGGCUAGCUCGUUUACUUGCAUCAACUACGGUAGCAUUUUGUAAUUCUCGUCCAUACACCCCAGUAUACAUACACCAUUCUCUGCCGCCACGUAUCGUAUGCGUAUUCUAACGGUACAGUAAGGCACGUUGUACACACAAUUCACAGCACUUCUUCACGACUGCCCAUCUGGCUUCAAUGAACUCCGGCCCGCCCGCAAGAUUUCGUCUGUAGAAAG